AUGGCCGAUCCACGAUCUAAUGAGGCGCUGACCAUGGGUGGUGACUGCGCUGAUCGUGGGCGGAACGCCGAGAAAGGUGGUGCCAAGGGGAAGAAGAAUCAUGGUGUCUCGAGUUUGAGGGAGCCUACGGGGGAUCUUGUGCAUCGCCUGACGAAGCUAGAAUUGUUCGUCACCAAUGUCCAAGGAUCGGUCGACGACCUGACCCAGACUAUGGACGGAGUUGACGCCGAAAGGGAGGAGCUGGUUGCGGAUGUGCAAGAGCUCAAGACCGACAUGGGAGAGCUCCGCCAUAAGUUGCUAGGGACCCUGCAGGAGGAACUGACACAACGGUGCGAACCCUUGGAAGCCAUGAUGGCGGCCAUGCGCACGGAGAUCGCGGAAGCACAAGCUGCACGCGUGAACAGUGUGAUCACGGUGCAAGGUCCACGAGUGGACACGCCAAAGCCGAAGGAAUUUCGGGGCUCACGGGUGGCCAAGGACGUGGACAACUUUCUGUGGUACAUGGAGCGGUACUUCCAGGCCAUGAGAAUCAACGACGACCAAACUCGAGUAAACACUGCAUCGAUGUAUUUAGCUGAUAGUGCAUUGUUGUGGUGGCGUCGUCAAUCGGAUGAUAGGUGUGGGAAUCCUAUUACGACCUGGGGUGGUUUUGUCGAGGAGUUCCGAUGGAACUAUUUCCCCGCUUACGCGGAAGAAGAAGCUCAUGACGAGCUGAAGCGUCUCGAGCAGAAAGGUGGUGUGCGCGACUACAUCAAGCGAUUUUUGGAGUUGCUGCUCCAAAUCCCCUCAAUGAAUGAGGUUGAAGCGUUUCACCAGUUCAUGGGUGGUCUCAAGCCAUGGACAAAGCAAGAGUUGAAGCGGUACAACGUGGGAGAUCUUACUAUGGCCAUGACCGUAGCCGAGUCACUCGUGGAGUACAAAGCGUCGCCUUCCACACCCCGAUCGGACACUCGUCCUAGGGACAAAGCCACUGGUGGGGGAGAUUGGGGGAGAUAUAACCGCCCGACCGGAGGUAAACCACCGGCUAAUCAACACAGGGCUCAUGCGAGACCAAGUGGUGGAGGACAAAGGAAGGUACACUCGUAUAGCUGUUUCUUUUGUGAUGGUCCGCACAUGGCGCGGGAUUGCCCAAACAAGGCCAAAUUGGCCGCUCUUUGCAAAGAGGAUGAGCCUAGGGAGGAAGCACGGUUGGGAUCGUUGCGACUCCUCAGCACGAUCAAGUCCAAGAAGGCGAAGGAGCCCAAAGGCUUGAUGUUCGCAGACGUGAAGAUCGGAGUGACCACGAUGAGUGCGCUCGUGGACACGAGAGCAUCCGACAUCUUCAUAUCGGAAGAAGUUACGAAGAAGCUUAACCUACGGGUUGAGAAGGGAGUCAGCUGGCUCAAGACGGUGAACUCGAAAGAAGUCCCUGCGAUCGAUAGAAUCCAUGCGGUUGUAGUCCCGUUCGCCGAGUGCAUAUGCGUGUUGGACAAGAGUAGUCAAUGCGUGAUUCCAGUCCACCGUGAGUCGGAUCAUGAUCGGAAAAUAAUCUCGGCCAUACGACUCACCAAGGGAACAAGGAAGGGAGAAGUGACCUUCCUAGCAGCCUUGAAGAUCAAGGACGGCAAGGGUGAAGGGAAGGAAGUCCCGACGAAAGCAGCCCAAAUCCUCGACUCGUUCAAGGAUGUCAUGCCUUCGGAGCUGCCGAAGAAGCUGCCACCCAAGAGGGAGGUGGAUCACCGAAUCGAGCUUGUGCCUGAUGCUCGACCGCCUGCCAUGGCGUCUUACCGCAUGGCACCACCCGAGUUGGAAGAAUUGAGGAAGCACCUCAAGGAGCUGCUUGACGCGGGCUAUAUACGACCGUCCAAAGCUCCAACAAGUACCCGAUCCCGCUCAUUGCGGAUCUCUUUGAUCAACUUGGAGGAGCCGGUGGUUCAAGCCGGAUCUUCAAUCGGAUACUACCAAGUUCGGAUCGCCGAAGGGGACGAGCCAAAGACCGCCUGCGUGACGCGGUAUGGAUCCUACGAGUUCCUCAUGAUACCGUUCGGCUUGACCAACGCUCCGGGCACCUUCUGUACGAUGAUGAACAAGGUACUCCACCCUUUCUUAGAUCGGUUUGUAGUGGUUUACCUAGAUGAUAUUAUGGUCUAUAGUCGGACGUUAGAAGAGCAUGUUGAGCAUCUGAGGCAAGUCUUCCAAGUCUUGCGCGAGAACGAGCUGUAUGUUAAGCGCGAGAAGUGUGCAUUCGCCCAAAAGGAAGUUCCAUUCCUGGGGCACAUCGUCAGGGGUGAACGAGUGCGCAUGGAUAAGGCCAAGAUUCAGUCGAUCGUUGAAUGGGAGCCGCCGACAAAAGUGUCAGGGUUGAGGUCGUUCUUGGGCCUCACCAACUACUACCGGCGGUUUAGCCGGAGCUACUCAAUCAUCACCGUGCCACUCACGAACCUACUAAAGAAGGAGAAGGCGUGA